AAUUAAAUCAACAAUAUUUUUGCAGAUUACACUGUAAACUUCGCAGUGUGCCUUUGCCUUGUGAAAUGUCUUAAUGUCAUGAGACAUGUAUGAAUAAGCUUAUUUAAUUGCUCAAUAUGUACAAGACUUAGAAGACUUAUUUAUAUAUUACUUCUGUGAAUUUUACAGCGGAAGGAGAAUUUUAAGAGCAAAACUAAUUACACAUAAUUGUGCAUAUCAAUAUAGAAUGCAGAGUCCUUAACGAAUGCAGUUCGGAAAUUUUCAAGCAGCAAAGCGAAGCAAUCUGUUUCGAUCUGAACAUGCUUGCAAAGUUAGAAUAAUAUCAAGUUUUUCAUGAAUAAAUCAGAACCAUAGUGUAUUGUAACUGGAAAUCUGGAGUGACAUCCGCCCAAAGGUCACCAUGACCGCAACAAUGGAUACCUCCGCGGACAACGAGCCCAUCAAGCUGCGCUCGCGUCUGCAUGGGCACAUGCUGCAAUGGACACAUCACUGGUCCUUCAACGGUGCGGUGAUACUCACCAUUGCCGUCAACGCCAUCGUCCUGGCCAUUGAGACGACAGACAACCUGGACAGUUGGACGCUGCUGGCCAUUAAAGUGCUUAAUGAUAUCUUUCUAGCUGUGUAUACUAUCGAGUUUUUUGUAAAAAUUUAUGUGGAUCCCACGGGAUACUGGAAGAACGGGUUUAAUUUAUUUGACUUCAUUGUGCUGAUUUUCACAUGGGUGGACUUCGCGGUGACCGUGUCGGCGUCAUCGCAAAACUCCUCGCAGUUUGGCUUCGUGAAGGUACUUAGAAUUUUACGGUUACUGCGUGUACUGCGGACCAUCUCCUUCAUCCAGAGCCUACAGGUCAUCGUCACCGCGCUGAUGACCACCAUCCGCGAGUACAUGCUCAACCUGAUGGUCGUCCUCUUCCUCAUCAUGUUCAUCUUCGGCGUCAUGGCCUUCUACCUGUACGCGCCCUAUUCGGACAAAUUCGCCAGUUUGGGUCAGUCCAUGCUGGCGCUGGUGACCCUCGUCACCACCGACAACUGGACGGAGAUCGAAGCGGACAUUGACAGCCAGCCGAGCGCCCGCUGGUUCUGCGUCAUCUUCACCUUCAUCGGCUCAUACAUCUUCACCAACGUCUUCGUCUCCAUCGUCAUCGUCAACCUCACCGACGCCACGCAGGCCUACAUCGACGCCGACCGGGCGCAGCGCAAACAGAUCGUCGCCGACAAGACAAUCGCCAUGAAUCAGAAACAGAAGGAAGAGGCCGUCAGCUUCCGGUUGUUUUUGGAGCAGGAUCGGCGCGCGAAAUUCGCUAACUAUGAACAGCUGCUGAAAUCCGUGGAGGGACUGUUGCAGCAUGCGGAGAAACCGGAGGAACGGGUGUUGUGCGGGGAUACCAGUCUGAAUCUCCUGUUUGUCCAGCAGUUUGUCAGUGUGCUGGACCUGAUCGAUAAUGAGACGUAUAUACAGCGGAAUCUGUACCGGGAGAUGGGGAAUCUAUUGGGAUUAGUCGUUGAACAGAAACUGAUGAAUCAAACAUUCACAGAACCUUCCAAAAAGGAAUAAACUACCUGGAUAAAUUACACGACAAACUGAAAUUGCACGAAUAACUUGUAUUUAUUUUCAUCUUGUACAAUGAAACGAAAACAGAAA